GUUGUUGCUCGCGGUGCGCCCCGCAAACACAUAAACGAUUCCAAAACGCGGCUUUCAGUUUUUUUCCGCAAUAUUUAAUUCCGCUUAAAGUUUAACUAAAUCGUGCUAAUUUAAGUGCAACCCCGCGAUGGAGGAGGUCCAACGGCACUCGGUGCACACGCUGGUGUUCCGUUCGCUCAAGCGAACCCACGAUUUCUUCGUCGCGAACCAGUCGCUGAUGCCGGAGAUUGACGAAUCGCUGGAAAAGAUGAAGUUCAACAUUAAGGCACGCGACACGUACGGGCUGGUGUUUGACCGGACCGCGAAGGCCAAACAUUUGGCGGCCUUACGGGGCGACAGUGGCCGACCGGAACAUCCUGUGCAGGACAGUGUUUUAGCAAUCACCGCCGGUGGAGAAUCGGAUCACGCAAUCAACACCCAGACGGCACUUCUACCAACGAGUUCUGCGGGUUCACAAAACUCAACCUCCAACACGGUUCAAAUCCUGCCGAAGAAGGCUCCGACAAUUCCCAAGCCCAAGUGGCACGCCCCGUGGAAGUUGUAUCGCGUCAUUUCCGGUCACUUGGGUUGGGUUCGCUGCGUGGCGGUGGAACCGGGCAACGAGUGGUUUGCCACGGGAGCCGCCGAUCGGGUCAUUAAGAUUUGGGACCUGGCAAGCGGCAAGUUGAAGCUGUCCCUGACGGGUCACGUCAGCACGGUUCGUGGGCUGUGCGUGAGUCCCCGGCAUCCGUACCUGUUCAGCUGCGGCGAGGAUCGACAGGUCAAGUGCUGGGAUCUGGAGUACAACAAGGUCAUUCGGCAUUAUCACGGCCACUUGUCGGCGGUCUACACGAUGUCCCUGCACCCCACGAUCGAUGUCCUCGUGACGGCGGGUCGUGACUCCACCGCUCGCGUCUGGGACAUGCGCACCAAGGCCAACAUUCACACCCUGGGAGGACACACCAACACGGUGGCCAGCGUGGUCUGCCAGGCCGCCAACCCGCAGGUCAUCACCGGAAGCCACGACUCGACGGUUCGCCUGUGGGACCUGGCCGCCGGUAAAAGCAUGGGCACGCUGACCAAUCACAAAAAGAGCGUCCGCAGCAUUGUGCUCCAUCCGUCGCUGUACAUGUUCGCGUCGGCCUCGCCGGACAACAUCAAGCAGUGGCGCUGCCCCGAGGGCAACUUCAUCCAGAACCUGAACGGCCACAAUGCGAUCGUUAACGCGAUGGCCGUCAACCCGGAGGGUGUGCUCGUGUCCGGAGGCGACAACGGGACCAUGUUCUUCUGGGACUGGCGCACCGGGUACAACUUCCAGCGAUUCCAGGCCGCCGUCCAGCCCGGCUCGAUGGACAGCGAGGCGGGCAUCUUUUCGAUGACGUUCGACGUGUCCGGAUCGCGACUCAUCACGACCGAGGCGGACAAGACGAUCAAGAUCUACAAGGAAGACGACGAAGCCUCGGAGGAGUCGCAUCCGGUCAACUGGCGGCCGGAGAUUCUGAAGCGGAGGAAGUAUUGAGCGCGGGGUGGACCGAAUUUGUGGGGCUUUUUUUUCGAAAUAUAUUUGACUGUAUUCAUGCAA